AUGGCGCUGUGGAUGGAAAAGGGUUCGGAGCCCAUAACCGAAAGCGAAAAGGCAGACCUUGAAGCCAUUGCUGCACUCAAAGAGUCUGCUGCCUUUGAAUUCAAGGAAAAGGGUAACCAAUAUGUGAAGAUGGGUAAGAAGCAUUACUCUGAUGCUAUUGAUUGCUACACAAGGGCAAUUGAUCAGAAGGCCUUGAGUGACUCUGAUACCUCUAUUCUUUUUUCAAAUAGAGCUCAUGUGAAUUUGCUGCUAGGAAAUCUUAGACGUGCUCUCAUAGAUUCUCAGGAGGCCCUUAAGUUGUGUCCUUCAAAUAUAAAGGCAAUUUAUAGAGCUUCCAAAGCUUCCCUUUCACUGAAUAUGUUGGCUGAAGCAACCGAGUAUUGUCUGAAGGGUCUUCAGUUGGACCCUAAUAACGAAGAUUUGAAGAAGCUUGACAGACAGAUUGGUCUGAAGAUAUCAGAGAAGGAAAUGCAUGAGGCUCAAGUCUCCAAGGCUGCUGCAGAGACAAAGGAACUUGUGUCUGCUAUAGAGUAUAGAGGUUUGAAGAUUGGAAAGGCAAUGUAUCGAGAACUUACUGGAUUAAGGAAACCUGUGUUGGAUAAAAGUAAUAUCCUUCAUUGGCCUGUUGUUCUUCUGUACGCAGAGGUUAUGUCCAGUGACUUCAUUGAGGAUUUCUGCGAGACUGACAUGUUUUCGCAAUCAAACAUAUUUGCAGAAGAUCAGCCAUUGUCAUGGGAUGUUGAAAACAACUACAGACGUGAAUUUAUUGAAUUAUACUAUGAGGCUGGUUCUGGACUUUGUCUAUCAAAGGAAAAACUUCAUCGUUGUCUAUUAGAAGGAACUGCAGCUUCUCACAGUGAAGAUGUUGGUGAUGAAGAGAAAGAUGCAGUUGAGGAUUAUAAGCAACAAACGGGUUCCCCAAAAUGGAUCGAAGUGAAUGAUAGGAAAACGCUCCACGAUGUUCUGAAAGAGCCUAAUUUCAUCAUUCCUGGGAUCCCAGUCUUCUAUGUUGUUUCGAAGCAAUCCAGCUUUUACAGCAAGUUCAAAGCUGGAAAGUGGGCUCCUCCAAGUGUAUGA